AUGGAAAUGCCCAUGAAAAGCAUGACGGAGGAUAUAAAGAAAGAAGGAAAGAAAGGUGGAAGAAAUAGAGAAAAAGAAUCUUGGAAGAAAGGAGAAUUCUUAGGGAAGAAGUAUGUGGAAAGAAGCUCUGCCGGAUUGAGUAAUAUUCGAAGAUCCGAGGAGGAAUUCCAAGGAAAUGGCAAAGAUGAAGAAAGAAACAAUUUGGAAGGAAAGACAAAUAGGAAAGAAACGAGAGACACAAAGACUAAUUCUUUGGAGCUUUCCCUAUUGAAUAGAACAGCAGAAAGUGAUGGAGGUGUGUUCUUGUCUAAAGACGUAAGAGAAACAGAGAACGUGAAAUGGGAGAUAUUUGGACUUAAACCCAAACUAUUGAAAAGAAUACAGGAUAUUGGGUAUAACUUUCCUUCCCCUGUUCAAGUAGCGUCCAUCCCACAUGCUUUGAAAGGAAGGGACAUGCUUGUUAGAUCGAAAAACGGGACUGGAAAAACAGCAUCCUACACAAUUCCUAUUCUUAAUGCAAUAAAUCCUGAGGAGCUGAAUAUUCAAGGGAUUAUAUUGGUUCCCAUAAGAGAGCUUGCAUUGCAGAUAUCGAGAAAUGUCAAAAGGUUAUCCGAAGGGAUGGGAGUGAUAUCAGCACCUAUUGUUGGAGGAACAAACAUGCAGGAUGACAUCAUAAGGGUGUCCAAUGGUGUCCAUGUGAUGGUAGGAACACCUGGGAGAAUAGUGGAUCUUAUAGAAAAGAAAAUUGGAGUACUUUCAAAGAAGAUCAUCUUAGUGUUUGAUGAGGCUGAUAAACUACUUGAUGUGACAUUUGGAGAGACGGUCACAAGGCUCCUGGAUAUCCUGCCAAGAGAAAGACAUAUAUUAUUGUACUCGGCGACAUUUCCAUAUUUUGUUACAGGGUUCAUCAAGCGGUACAUGAGAGAUCCACUGUGUCUCAAUCUGAUGAAGGAGCUUGUCCCUGUAGGAGUUAAACAGUUUUAUACAAUUGUAAAGCCUUCAGAAAAGCUUCUUUGUUUAAGAUCGCUUCUUCUGAAACUAAAAAUCAAUCAGUGUGUGAUAUUUUGCAACAAUAUCAAGACUGUGGAGCUUCUGGCUAUGAAGGUUACUGAGAUUGGGAUUCCUUCCUACUUUAUCCAUUCGAAAAUGACACAAGAAGAUAGGAACAUAGUAUUCCAUAACUUUCUGAAGGGAAAGUGCAAGAUUCUAGUUGCAACAGACCUCAUAACACGUGGUGUUGAUGUUCCCAACACAAACUAUGUGAUUAACUUUGAUAUUCCUAAGUCUCCUGAAUCCUACCUUCAUAGAAUUGGAAGGGCAGGUAGGUUUGGAACGCCAGGUGUUGCCAUAAGUCUGGUUACGACAGAAGAAAAAGAAAUGCUAGCAGACAUAGAAGUAAAGCUGGGGAAAGAAGUAUCUCCUCUCUCAGACGGAGGUCUAGAUCGCUUAUGA